AUGGUCAGGACCGGGAUCAGGGGUUCAGGUGUAAAAAGGUUUUCCACAGUCUUGAUUCCAGACGCUGUCGUCCGGUGUGAGAGACCACGGACCAUUGAGCCCAUCCCGGACCCCUCCCACCUCCUGCCACCCUUUUCACUAGGCCGUCUGGCGAGCCAGUGGCCGUUGGAGGACUCGCCGCAGCUGGAUUGGGCGGGGGCUGUUGUGGGUGAGCUCCCGGUAGGGGCCACCCUCCUCCUCAAGUCUCCUGGGGUUCUAGCCGUCUCCCCUUUCGCCCAGGCGGUCUUCCGAAAGGCCGGCCGCCGGGACCGUUGGCUGAGGCGGGACGGGGAGGACCUGGAGCUCGUCCUGGCCCGUGUCUGGGGACCUGCCCGGGCCCUGCUGCAAGCCGAAAGGGCUGCCCUCAACGUUAUGGCCCGGGCUAGUUGGGUGGCCACGUCCUGCCGUUCCGCCCAAGAGCUGGACCGCUCCCUGGGCUGGAGCGGGCGGCUGGCGAGCACCCGCAAGACCACCCCUGGCUUCCGGCUGGUGGAGAAGCACGCCAUGGCGGUGGGCGGAGUGGAGACCCAUCGAUACGGUCUCGGCGACCUUCUCGUGCUCAGGGACAAUCACCUGGUGGUGGUCGGCGAUAUCGCUAAGGAAACCGGUGCUAGAGGUGUUAUUGGCGUUGUAGCUGGAAUCUGGGUCUUUGGUUUUGGAGUAAGCGGUGUCAGAACGCUGCUGAUUCCCUGCUAA